AUGGCUGAUGGUGGAAUGAUACCAUCAUCGACCAAUUCAGGUAACUUUCGUUAUGGCAACGUGGAUCAAAAUCGUCUAAUAAAUCGACUAGUUUCACAUCCGCUCAAGUCAAUUCAAGACGGUAAAACCAGUACCCCACAAGUGCCUGGUGGUGACCAUUAUCGGGCAUAUUGGAAUAAACAGACACCUGUCGAACACAAAUUUGAGCCAUUACCAGUACUUAAACGAUACCAAAAACAUAAUGAUCCAAAAGAAAUUCAAGCACGUAAUCGACAACAAUUAAUUGAAGCAAAUAAACUACGUGUAUCAUCUCCUGAAACACCAGUUGAGAAACGUGCAAAACUCUCCUUGCCACCGAUCAAUGGUAGAAACUCAGAAUUAGGUAAAGGAAGCGAUAUUGGUUCCGAUUGGGGUUCCAGUAUAUCAAAUAAACGACAUCAACUUGAUCCACGAGAGAUGUUACAUGGUGAGACAGAUAUGGAUAAAGUGAUAAAGUACAUAAGACAAGCACCUGAUGGUUUCUUUCUAUAUUUGGCUCAUUUAUAUUCACGCAACGACACACGUCAUAGUUAUUACAAUUUAAAAGUGGUUAGCUACGAACAAUGUGGACGUGAAUAUUUUACUAUUUCGAAUUCAGGUGUUAGUUAUUAUCGCCCAGGAGAAGAAGUCGAAUUUACUCCAUUAGAAAACUUUGCUAAAGAGUAUUAUCGAUAUACUCGACUUAUUCAGAUUAAAGUCUUUACAACAUUCAGAAUGUGGAAAGCAUUUAUGGUCUGGUAUAAAAAUAUUCGUAUCAAGAAAGUAACUGUUGCAGCAAAAGGACUCAAUGAUCAUCUGUUUUUAUUACAAGAUGCAUUACGACCUGCACUAUUGAAUAUUCGAGAAAUGUGCUUUCGUAUUAGUGAUAUGAGUCUUUGUAAAAUCGAAAAGAAACAUACGUAUACAUUAAGUGAAUUUACUGAAAGUCAAAAUCAAACAUUAACUCAAGUUGCACAGCGUCUUCAAGAAUUUCGUGAUCUUGUGAAAGAUGUUGUCGCAAGUGCCUGUCGAACACGUUUAUUUGAAGCUGGUUUUGUACCUGAUGAUUUUCUUCAUCCAGCUGAUUCUGCAAAUGAUAAUUUACCGGGUAAUGCUUCAUCAAUGCCAGACAGUAUGGAUAUUGAUACAUUAGCACAGCCACCUGAUAAAGCGACGUAUGCUGAACAAGCAAAUAAACGAUCACAUUGCCGAAGAUUAACAAAUUUCAUUCGUUUAUGUGAUUAUUUAAUUGUCAAUACAUUUCAUGUACUUGCUGUUAAUUCAGUACAAUCACUUAAAAAUCAUUUUCUCGAACAACUUGAAGCUACACCUGGCAAAGACGAAAUUAUUGGUUAUGUGGAUGAAAUCAAACAUAAAGUUGAUAAAGUAGCUGUACCUGAACCUGUUGAAGAUCCAGCAGCAGACAAUAAACAAGCACAACAUCAACCACCAACACAAGGACAUCCACCACCGAUACCUGGUCUUCGAGGACCAGGAGACGAAGAUGAAGCAACUAAACGUCAUAUACCACUGUUUGUCACCGAAAUGAAAUUAUUUAUAGAAGCUCUUCAAUAUCAUCCAGAUUCGAUCACAUUUCAAGGUGGUAUUAAUCAUGUUAUCAAGAGUUUUCAAGAAACUUUACUUUCAAUUGAUAAUCUUAUACCUGAUGGAGCAUUUGAUAAUUUUACUCGACCGUAUAUCAAUGAAAAAUAUGAAGAUAAAAUAUGUGGCGACGGACCUGAUCUUCGUAACAUGUUUACAGCUGAUUAUCAUUUUCAAGAUUUGAUCAAAGAUUGUAGUGAUUCAUUAGAAGCUGGUUUUAAUGCAGCUAAAAUUUAUGCUGAUACAUUUGAUGAAUUCCAUCGAUUCUAUGUUAAAAACGAAAAUACUGAUAUCGAAGCACUUAAAGUUGAACAACAUGAUGUGGAGUUUUUUGGUACUUCAUUAGCUACAUAUACUCGUCAAGAAAAAAUUGCACAAUUAAUCGAUGCUAAAAAGCCGUUAGGUCUUUUAAUGAUCGAUAGUACGCAUACGAAAACAAAAUUAGAACCAUCACCACGAAGAAUAUUGGAUGUUAUUAAUGAAAUCAUGCCGAAGAUUGCUAAAGCUAAAACCGAUGCCUUGAAAGCUGAAGCGCAAGAUGCAACAGUUAAAUUAGAAACUAAACCUGAAGCAACACUUGAUUUUGUUGAUUCAUUAACAUUUCUUGAUGAAAUUCAAGAACGUAUUGAUCCACUUGAACAAGAAACUGAAGUUGUUCGUCAAAUGUACGAAUUAAUUGAGCAAUACAAAGUUCCAUGUCCGCCCGAAGAUAUCGUUUCAUACAGUUCAUUGACAACAACACUAAAUGGUUGUCGUAAUGCUAUGGAUAAAGCAUUAACUGAACGUGAUGCUAAUGUAACAAAAUUUGUUACUUUACUUGAUAAAGAUAUUGAAAUAUUAACACAAGAAGUUCGACAAAUAAAACAAGAUUCGCAAAAUCCAUUACUGCUGGAUCCAUCAGCUGAUAAAGAUAAAGUUAAAUUACUACUAGAUGAUUAUUUGAAAAAGAUCGAUCUACAACAACGUACAUCAACAGAAUAUCGUCUAUAUCAAAAGAACUUCAAAGUCGAAGUCACUAAAUUCGAUGAGUUAGAAGAAGUUUAUGGUGAAUUAAAAUUAAAGGAAUUAUUAUGGAAUUCAUUAAAUGAAUGGGAUACUAUGUUGGAAGAAUUUCAAACUAUGGAUUUCAAUAAACUAGAUCAUGAACAAUUAACUGGUAUUGUUAAUAAAUACGGAAAAAAUGUUUAUCAACUAGAACGUGGUUUACCACCAAAUCAAUCAGUACCAAUAUUGAAAGAAAAAGUGGAAUCACUUCGAUCUAAACUACCUACUAUAGUUAAUCUUCGAAAUCCAAGUCUUCGUCGUCGCCAUUGGGAUGUUAUUGAAGAUUUAAUUAAAUUUCACCCCACCGUAGAAGAACAAUUGUCACUAGGCAAAUUGAUUGAUAUCAAUGCCUUUCAACAUGAAGAACGAGUUCAAGAAAUUUCUGGCCAAGCUAGUUCCGAAGCUAGUCUUGAAGGCAUUCUUAAACGAGUUGAAGAUUCUUGGAAAUCAGUUGAAUUUCCCAUUGUUCCAUAUAAAGACUAUAAAGAUGUCUACAUACUUGGUGGUACCGAUGAUAUCAUUCAAUUACUCGACGAUGCAAAUAUUAACAUAGCAACCAUUGCUAGUUCACGUCAUGUUGGUCCAAUCCGUUCACGUGUUGAAGAAUGGCAAUCUAAUCUUGAUCUAUUCGGUAAAACACUUGAUGCAUGGUCAAAAUGCCAAAAAACUUGGCAAUAUCUUGAAUCAAUAUUUGGCGCACCUGAUAUUCAACGACAGCUACCAGCUGAAGCUAAAAUGUUCAAUCAAGUCGAUAAAACAUUUAAAGAUGUUAUGAGAAAAACAAAUAAAAUUCCAUUAGCUAUUAAAGCUGGCACACAACCUGGUUAUUUGGAAUUAUUUCAAACCAACAAUGCGUUACUUGAUCAAAUUCAACAUGCACUUGCUUCGUACCUUGAAACUAAACGUUCGAACUUUCCACGAUUCUACUUCUUAUCUGAUGAAGAAUUACUUGAAAUCCUAUCACAAACACGAAAUCCAAUGGCUGUGCAACCACAUUUACGUAAAUGCUUUGAAGGUAUUAAUCGUCUCGAAUUUGCUAGUAAAGGUGGCGAAGAUAUGGAAAUGACUGUUACAAUGGCACCAGAAAUUCGUGCUAUGCUUUCACCUGAAGGCGAACGUGUUGAAGUACUUAAAGUUAAAGCAACUGGUAAUGUAGAAGAUUGGCUUAAACAAGUUGAAAAAAAUAUGGUUACAGCUGUUCGAACAUGUAUUAAAAGAGCGAAAGAUGAUUUUGAAAAAAGUAUCCGUGAAGAAUGGCUCAUUCGACAUGCACAUCAAAGUGUUCUUACUGUUUCUCAAACAUACUGGUGUGUUGCUUUAACACAAAUACUAACAAGUGACGAAUCCAUACGACAAGCAACUCUUGAAGAUUUCGAAAAAAAAAGUUAUCUAGAUUUAAAUAAAUUAGCUGCACUUGUCCGCAAAGAACUACCACAACUUGUUCGCGAUGUUUGUCGAGCAUUAAUCACUAUUGAUGUACAUGCUCGUGAUAUAGUUUCUGAGAUGGUUCAAAUAAAGAAUGCUAGUAUAGCAAGUUUUGAAUGGUUAAAACAAUUACGUUAUUAUUUUGAACAAGAUUUAACUGUUAUUCGCAUGGCAAAUUCACAGUAUAUUUAUGGUUAUGAAUAUUUAGGGGCAUCUGAUCGUCUGGUUAUUACACCACUUACUGAUCGAUGUUACUUAUGUUUAAUGGGUGCUCUACAAUUAGAUCUUGGUGGCGCGCCAGCUGGUCCAGCCGGUACAGGAAAAACUGAAACAACUAAAGAUUUAGCAAAAGCACUAGCUAAACAAUGCGUUGUAUUUAAUUGUAGUGACCAAGUUGAUUAUAAGAUGAUGGGUCGAUUUUUUAGUGGUUUAGCACAAUCAGGUGCAUGGGCAUGUUUUGAUGAGUUUAAUCGAAUUAACAUUGAAGUACUCAGUGUUAUUGCUCAACAAUUAAUUACUAUUCGUGACGCCAAAGCAGCUAAAUUAUCAACAUUUAUGUUUGAAGGUCGUGAAAUUCGACUUGUAUCAACUUGUGCUGUUUUUAUUACCAUGAAUCCAGGUUAUGCUGGUCGUACAGAAUUACCAGACAAUUUGAAAGCUCUGUUUCGACCACAAUCUAUGAUGGUUCCUGAUUAUCGUCUUAUUGCUGAAGUUAUUUUAUAUUCUGAAGGCUUCGAAAACUCCAAGGUUUUAGCACGUAAAAUGGUUCAAAUGUAUAAAUUAUGUUCGGAACAAUUAUCACAACAAGAUCAUUAUGAUUUUGGUAUGCGUGCCGUCAAAUCAGUCUUAGUUAUGGCUGGUGUACUGAAACGUGAAAGUCCAAACAUUGACGAAGACCUUGUUUUAAUUCGUGCUUUGCGUGAUUCGAAUUUACCGAAAUUUUUAACUGAUGAUGCUAUCUUAUUUAAAGCUAUUAUACAAGAUUUGUUUCCAAAUGUUCUUUUACCAGAACACGAUUAUGGCGAAUUACGUCGUACAAUAAUUGAAAUGCAAAUUCGCCGUGGUUUACAAACAGAUGAAUCUCAACUACGUAAAGUUAUACAGUUCUAUGAAACAAUGCUUAUCCGGCAUGGUGUUAUGUUAGUCGGGCCGACAUUAGGUGGAAAAACAACUGUCUAUCGAAUAUUAGCUGAUUCAUUAACAGAUCUACAUUCCAAGGGUGUUCCAUAUCAUUUUUAUCAGCCUGUACAUACAUAUGUACUUAAUCCAAAAUCGAUUACAGCUGGUGAACUAUAUGGUGAAUUUAAUAAAACGACUAUGGAAUGGAAAGAUGGUCUUAUGGGCAGUAGUGUUAGACAAUGUGUUAAUGAUCAAUCACAUGAUCACCAUUGGAUUAUUUGUGAUGGCCCAGUUGAUGCUGUUUGGAUUGAAAAUUUAAAUACUGUACUUGAUGACAACAAAAUGUUAUGUUUAGCUAAUAGUGAACGUAUUAAAUAUUCACCCUACAUGCAUAUGGUCUUUGAAGUACAAGAUUUAGCUUGUGCUUCGCCAGCUACUGUCAGUCGUUGCGGUAUGGUUUACAUUGAUUCAAAUGACAUACGUUGGCUUCCAUAUGUGAAAACGUGGAGUCGAAAAUUUGAAGAAAAAUUUGGCGAAUUAUAUACAGAGUAUCUUUUGAGUUUAUUCAAUACUCAUGUUGAUAAAGGUCUUACAUUCGUACGAAAAAGUUGUAAAGAAAUCGUUAAACAGGUUGAUAUUGGUAAAGUAAUCACAUUGUGUUGUUUGAUUGAUUCUCUAUUGACAAGUGAUAGUAAAAUUGAUCUUAAACUAGAAGAAGCAAAAAUGAAAAUCAUGCUUGCAACAACCUUUGCCUUUUGUUAUGUAUGGAGUGUUGGUGGUAAUAUAAAUUCUAAAGACUGGGAUCAAUUCGAUACAUUCGUUCGGCAACAAUUCGAAGAAGAUGCUGAUGCAAAAUUAGGUCAAGGUGGAGACUUAUUUUCAUAUGAAAUUGAUGUACAUCAUCGUCGAAUGGAAACAUGGGAAAAAAGUGUUCCCGCAUUUAAAUAUGAUAAAACGAAACCAUUUUUUGAUUUACUUGUACCCAAUAUUGAUUCAUGCCGUUUUGGUUAUUUACUUGAUAAAUUGGUUUCAGUCAAUAAGUCUGUUUUAUUUACUGGUGAAACAGGUGUUGGCAAAACUGUUAUUGCACGUGCACAACUAUUGAAAUUAGCUGAGGAACAAAGUGUUGUGCCAUUGUUUCUAAAUUUUUCAGCUCAGACAAGUAGUAAACGAACACAAGAGAUGAUUGUACCGAAAUUAGAAAAACGAAAGAAAGGUGCAUUAGGGCCUCCGCGAGGAAAACGUAUGGUUAUUUUAAUUGAUGAUCUUAAUAUGCCGAAACUUGAAACCUACGGCGCACAACCACCCAUUGAACUUUUACGACAAUAUCAAGAUUUUGGUGGUCUCUAUGAUCGUGAAACAUUGAAAUGGAUUGAGAUUCAAGAUGUGAUCCUAUGUGCUGCAUGUGGUCCACCGGGUGGUGGUCGUAAUGCAACUACAGCGCGUCUUCUUCGACAUUUUGCUAUAUUUGCUAUACCAGCACCAUCUGAAUAUAGUCUUAAACAUAUAUUUAAAUCGAUUCUCAAUGGUUAUUUAGCAGAUUUUAAUCAAAGUACUAAAACAGCUGGUGAUGGCAUUAUUGAUGCUGCUGUAGAAAUUUAUUCACGUAUGAGUGCGGAAUUAUUACCAACACCGACAAAAUCUCAUUAUGUGUUCAAUCUUCGAGAUUUAUCAAAAUGUAUUCAAGGAAUUUUACAAGUCAAACCAGAAAGUGUAUCUGAUCGUGAUGCUUUAGUUCGUGUAUUUUUUCAUGAAUCGAUGCGCGUAUUUCAUGAUCGUUUAAUAAACGAUGAUGAUAAACAAUAUUACCAUACGAUGCUUUCAGAAUUAGCCACACGUUUAUUUGCUAUUCAAAUUGAACCAACCACAUUUGUUCAAAAGCCAAUUGUUUUUGGCGAUUUUAUGAAAGUUGGUGCGCCGAAAAAUGAACGUCUCUACGAAGAAAUAACUGACAUGACUAAAAUUCGAAAUAUUUUACAAGACUAUCAAGAAGAUUAUAAUUUAACAAAUAAUAAAAAUACUCGUUUAGUCUUUUUCAUGGAUGCUAUUGAACAUAUAGCACGUAUAGCUCGUAUUAUACGACAAGAUCGUGGUAAUGCAUUAUUAGUUGGUGUUGGUGGUACAGGAAAACAAUCAUUGACACGUCUUGCUAGUCAUAUGUGUGGGUAUAUAUGUUUUCAAAUUGAAUUAUCACGGGGCUAUAAUUACGAUAGUUUUCAUGAAGAUUUGAAAAAAUUAUACGAACAAGCUGGACCAAACAAUCAAAAUACUGUGUUUCUAUUUACGGAUAAUCAAAUUGUUGUUGAAGAAUUUCUUGAAGAUGUUAAUAAUAUUCUUAAUUCAGGUGAAGUACCUAAUUUAUUUGACAAACAAGAUGAAUACGAAAAAAUGAUUAUUGGAUGUCGUCCCGCUGCAAAAGAAGCUGGCGUUGCAGAAAAUGAUCGUGAUGGAAUUUAUACAUUUUUUAUAAAUCGUGUCCGAAAUAAUCUUCAUUUAGUAUUAUGUAUGUCACCUGUUGGUUCAUCGUUUCGAACACGUUGCCGUAUGUUUCCAUCACUUGUCAACUGUUGUACACUUGAUUGGUUUUCUGAAUGGCCACGAGAAGCUUUGUUGUCGGUUGCACAUACAUCAUUUGAAAAAUAUCCAUGGCCAAAAGGCGAAGAAUUUAUGGUUGGUGCAUUAGCAAAAAUGUGCGUAGAAAUACAUAUGAGUGUAUCGACAAAAGCUAAACAGCUAUUAGCAGAACUCAGAAGAUAUUAUUAUACAACGCCGACAUCGUAUCUUGAAUUAAUUAAUUUAUAUUUAAUGAUGCUUAAUGAUAAGAAAAAAGAAAUUGAAAAUGCUCGAGCACGUGUUCAACGUGGUUUGAAAAAAUUGGAGGAAACAAAUGUACUAGUUGAAGAAAUGCAAUUGGAAUUAGUGGCAUUAGAACCACAAUUGAAAAAGAAAUCUGAUGAAACAGCGAAACUUAUGGAAACGCUCGCUAUUGAUCAAGAAAAAGCUGAUGAGGCAAGAAAAAAAGAAACAUAA